CAUCCGUGAUUGAUCCUCAGCAUCCGCAAGGGAGGAAGGAAGGAAAAAUCUGUCGCAGUUUGUCUUUUGCAGCUAAAAUAAGGCAGUUGUCAUGCCUGAAGAAAACGAACAAGAAAUAGCAUUACAAUCUUGUGACACUUUUGUUGUUCUUCCUCCUUCGUCUUCAAAGGGAUGUAUUAUUUUUGGAAAAAAUUCGGAUCGACCAGCUGAAGAGGUGCAGGAAAUUAUUUAUGUGAAUGCCAAAGACCAUGAAGCUGGAGCUAAAGUGCAGUGUACUUACAUUGAAAUUGAUCAAGUAGAUCAUACUUAUGCUGUUAUCCUAAGUAAACCAGCAUGGAUGUGGGGAGCGGAAAUGGGUGCUAAUGAACACGGAGUUUGCAUUGGUAAUGAAGCUGUUUAUACCAAAUUGAAUGGACCUGAUGAUGAAAAUGAGAAACUGUUAGGAAUGGAUUUAGUUAGGCUAGGACUUGAAAGAGCAUCAACUUCUCGUCAAGCAGUCAAGAUUAUUGGAGCACUUCUUGAACAGCACGGUCAGGGUGGACGUUGUUCAGACACAAACCCUAGUUUAAUCUACCAUAAUAGUUUCUUAAUUGCUGAUCGAAAAGAAGCAUGGGUGCUAGAAACAGCUGGCAGUCUUUGGGCAGCUGAAUGUAUAGUUGAUGGUAUCAGAAAUAUAUCAAACUGUUUAUCAAUUGGUACCAAAAUAGAUCUAAUGUGUGAUAAUUUAAAGGAACAAGCUCAAGCAAAAGGACUUUGGGAUCCAAGUAAGGGAGAUUUAGAUUUUGCUAAAGUAUUUGGCGAGAAUAAUGAAAAUGCAAGACAUCGGUAUAAUUGUGGAAAAGAAUUAUUGCUGAAACUGUCUGCCUCAGGUGAAUUUGAUACUUUGGCUAUGUUCAAAGUUCUCAGGGAUUCAGAAAGUGGCAUUUGUAGAGGAAAAGAUCAUGAACGUCCUACGGCUUCCAGUCAGGUAUCAGUACUGUCAUCUUUAGAUUCUUCAAGGCCCUGUUGUCACUGGUUCACUGGAACUCCAGACACACGUCACUCUGUAUUUAAGCCUUUUGUAUUUUGUUCGAAUGCUCGGAUUUCUCCUCACAUCAUAUCUCCUGUCUUCCCCAGUGACGAGGAUCCAGCAAAAGUUAAACCAAGAUUCCAAAAAACUGUGGAUCGCAGGCACAAUUUAUACAAGUAUCACGAGAAAGCUUACUCUCUUAUGACCAGCGACAGUCCCAAAGGGAAAGAAUUGAAAAAUACUAUGCUUCGACUGGAAGCAAGCUGCAUUGAGGAAAUGGAACAGUUCCUAGAUGGAUAUUCGGUAGAAAACUCUAAGGAUGCAGAAGACUUAUUUAAAGAUCUGGUGGAAUCCGAAAUGAAAUUUUACAAAUAAUAUGAUUUGUAUCGUAUUGUAACUUAUCUGCUCAUUUGCCUUGCACUUGGCUGAUGCCGUUAUUCGACUAGAUAUAUAUCGUUUAAAGAACAAAAGUGUUCUUUUUUUUCUAACUCGGAGUAAUUACUCCACGACAAUAUUUAAAAUGUGAUGUCUUCUUCUUUAUUUCCACUCGAAUGUCAUUUGCAGGACCAAAGAUGUUUGUUGUUAGCAUUUGUAGAUUGAAUGUAGUAGCUAACAGCAUAAAAUUUUUUUACUUUGCAUAUGCAAAAACUGGUCUGUUGUAUAUUAUGUCUUUAAAUUGUAAAAAGUUGGUAGAAAAUUUUAUUUAUGACCCUAAUGAUUAAGAUAAUUUGAUGCUGUGAUUGAUUUUAAAAUUGUGAUAUUUUUUUAUUAUAAUUUAUUUAAUGCUUUUAUGUCAACAAUUCAAAUAUUGAUAGUUGUAACAUGAUUUUUAAGGGAUUUAUUUAUGUUGCAUUGAGGUCUAAUUUUGUUGCUUAAUGUCUAGUCGUGGUUUGACCGCAUCUGUACUGUUGUUUUAGUCAUUCGAACAGAACAUCGGACGUAAACCCAUGCAUUGUAACUGAGCUAAUUUUAGAUUUAGGCCAUACCAAAAAUAUGCCUGGAUGUAAAACAUUUGCCGUUACGUAAUUAUCUUCCGAAUUGAGGUUUGCUAUAUUUGUAAAUUCUUUUUCUCCCAUUAGAUCGUUCAUAUUGACGUACAUAAUCUUGUGAUCGUUAACAAGCUACAUAGUGGCUGUAUGUAUUUUAAGAAUGUGUAUAAGAAAAAAAAUCUAUUUGUUUACUUCAAAGUACAGCAAGAUAUGCUGUAACUUGUUUUGAUUUUCACAUCUAUAAAUGAAUUUUGCAGUAUUAAUAGGUAUUGAUUGAUUACAAUGUUUCUUUUUUAUAGAUACCAAAAUGUGCUUGUGAAAUUUGUGGUUAAUAAAAGCACUGAUGCAAUUGA